CUUCAAGGUUUCGCCGUCAAGUCAGUCAACACACUCCAGUCAAGUCCAGCCCAGUCCAGUGUACUUACCAGUGUGAAUGACGACUCCUAACCCGCGAAUCACUCUCCUCCUCCCUUCCAAGUUGAUUUGGGAAAGCGCAAUACAAUACACAUGCACUAAUUAGGUAGUGCCUCCAGCUACAAUCACAGUCCAAGCUCGGCCACUACCCACCUUCCCGCGCCUAGGGUCCUAUCCAAUUUCCUCAUAACCUGUUCGUUUGGCGCCCUCUGCUACAUUUUCUCUUCUUCUCAAACUUUGAUAAUAUUCUUCACAACAACAACCACCGUUUGCAAAGACCGUCUGCACUACUGCAUUGACGCGUCGUCUCAUCCUCGCCAUGGACGGAACUGCGACACACCCACUGUACCCGCGCCAGUCGGCUCAAACCGCGAAAGAGAACUCCAAUUCAGUCCAAGGCUUCACCACAGUUCUCGUCACUGUUGGAGCUGUAGCCCUGGUUUGGCUGUCCGUCUUCCUAUUGAUUCGGACAAAGUUCCCACGUAGAUAUCUUCCACGCACAUUUGUCAAGUCGCUUCGUCCACACGAACGCACUCCAGCUCCUCCAAAUGGUGUCACCAACUGGUUUGGAGCUUUCUGGUCGCUCCCUGACUCCCAUGUUCUACAGCAUUCUUCGCUCGAUGGUUAUUUCUUCCUCAGGUUUCUCAAGAUCGCAAUCGUAAUCUGUCUUGUUGGAUGCGUCAUCACCUUUCCAGUCCUCUUUCCAGUCGAUGCUACUGGAGGUGGAACCAACAAGCAGCUCGAUAUCAUCACUCUCGGCAAUAUUAGCAACAAUUACUAUCGUCUUUUGGCUCACGCUGGAUGCGCCUACAUCUUCUUUGGCUUUGUCCUUUUCAUGAUUACGCGUGAAAGCAUAUUCUAUAUCAACCUUCGUCAAGCUUUCUUGAUGUCUCCAAUGUAUGCCCAACGAAUGUCCUCACGUACCGUUCUUUACACCUCCGUUCCGGACUACUACCUGGACGAAGGCAAAAUGCGAGAAAUGUUAGGUCCAAGUGUUCGCCAAAUUUGGCUUCCGACAGAUACCACAGAGCUUGAAGACCUUGUGUCCCAGCGUGACAAGGCCACCCUCAAACUCGAAGGCGCCGAGACUAAGCUUGGAAAACUCGCGAAUGCUGCUCGCCUCAAGGCAAUCAAGAAGGGCGGGAAGUCUGAACACGAAGAUACGGCUCUUACAGGCCAGGAGGAGUCUGGCCAUGUUGCAUCUCGGUGGAUUGCCCCCAAGCAGCGCCCAACCCAUCGUCUGAAGCCUCUCAUUGGUAAAAAGGUCGACACAAUCAACUGGGCUCGCGAUGAAUUAGCAAAAUUAAUACCCCAGGUCGCUGCAGAGCAGCAGAAGCAUCGGGCUGCUACUGACGUCAAGAAGAUCAACUCGGUAUUUGUCGAGUUUGACAGUGUCAAUGAAGCUCAGGCCGCAUUCCAGAGCUUGACCCAUCACCAAGUGCUCCACAUGUCUCCGCGAUACACUGGCAUUAACCCAGAGCAAGUUAUCUGGUCCAAUCUUAAAAUCAAGUGGUGGGAGCGUGUCAUGCGUGGCUUCCUUGCCACUGCUGUUGUGACCGCCCUUGUGAUUUUCUGGUCCAUUCCCGUCUCUUUCUCUGGUUUUGUGUCAAACAUCGACAACUUGAUCGCGAUCCCUGCAUUCAGCUGGCUGUCUUUCAUCAACAGCAUCCCCGGUGCUAUACGCGGUGUCAUCACGGGCUUGCUGCCUGUCAUCUACUUGGCUGUACUCAUGGCUCUCCUUCCUCCUUUCUUACGAUUUAUGGCUAAAGUGUCCGGUGACCCAACGCUCUCUGCUGUUGAGCUCUCUAUGCAGAAUUAUUAUUUUGCAUUCCAGGUUGUCCAAGUAUUCUUCGUCGCAACCGUCGCUUCUGCCGUUGCUAGCUCCGUGACGGAUAUCCUAGAUGACCCUGGUUCCGUCACGUCCCUUCUAUCGGAAAACAUCCCGAAGGCUUCCAACUUCUACCUCAGUUAUUUCACGUUACAGGGCCUCCAGGGCAUCAAUAGUAUCUUAGUCGGUCUCAUUGGUGUAUUCAUCAGCAUCAUUCUCAGCAAGAUCCUUGACACUACGCCUCGUAAGAUCUACAAGCGGUGGACAUCUUUCAUGGGCCUUGGCUGGGGUACUGUAUUCCCUGUCUACACCAAUUUGUUGGUCAUUGCCAUCAUUUAUUCAUGUAUUGCUCCCCUCGUCUUGUUCUUUGCGGCUGUCGGCUUCUUCCUUUUCUACCUCGCAUACAGAUACAAUCUGCUGUAUGUGUACGACAUCAAUGUUGACACCCAAGGUCUUGUGUAUCCUCGAGCACUUCAACAUCUCUUCGUCGGCCUUUACGUUGCAGAGAUUUGCCUCAUCGGUCUUUUCGCGAUUAACUCAGGUAACAGCAUUGGCGCACUCAUUUCGCUCAUUCUGAUGAUCAUCUUCAUCAUAUUCACUGCGUUGUACCACAUAUCUCUUAGCAACGCUCUCGGCCCGCUCCUCACCUAUCUUCCGAAGUCUCUCCAGGCUGAGGAGCAGCACCUCAUGUCUCUUGAGACUGGCCUCAAUGGCACAGGCGAAUCUUCUUCUGCUGUACCCGAUAAGAACGGCGGUGAAUACAAUUCUGAGAAGCAAUCACCGGCGCCACAUCCCAAGCCGAACAUGCUUACCAAAUUUCUCAAGCCACACAUCUACAAUGACUACCAGACCAUGCGUCGCAUGGUUCCGCGUAGCUUUGUCAAUGUCGAAUAUGAGCCCCAAAUUGAACGCGAUGCGUUCUUUCACCCAGCGAUCAGGUCGGAGCCUAUGCUCAUUUGGAUUCCUCGGGAUCCCUGUGGUGUCAGUAAGCAGGAGAUUGCAGACACCAGCAAAGUAAUCCCCAUUACCGACGAAGCUGCUCAUCUAGACGACAAGAAUAAGAUUGUCUGGGAUGCGGACGCUAAUGAAGGUGUGGCUCCUAUUCACGAGGAGAAGAUCUAUUACUAGAUCUUAGGGCUUUUGACAGAGUGUCGCAGAAGUCUGGAUAUGGAUUAUACUGAACGAUGGAAAGGAGUAUUGAACGAGGCGAGGUGUGCGUGAAAGUGUCAAACUUUCGUUAUGACGACAAUUGCUUUCAAAUGAUACCACAUGGCAACGGGGUCUUUUCAUUUCCAUAGUGUUUCCGUGACGGGCCAUCGAGCCAUAUCGUCAAGUAAUAAGUGCAAACUAAUAAGACAAAAAAUCUGUUCCUCCACGGGUUGUGGUCGCAUCA